AUGACGAAAUGUCCUUGCCUCCGAGGAGAUCGCUACCAUGACAGCAAAUGCUUGAGCUUCUUCUUCCGCUUUCUCUUCUUUUUCUCUUCAUCUCCUUUCUCUUCUUCUCUUUUUCUCUUCUCCUUUUCUCUUCUUUUUUUCUCUUCUUCUUUCUCUUCUCUUCUUCUUUCUUCUUCUUCUUCUUUUUUUCUUUUUCUUUCUCCUGCUUUCUCCUUUUCUUCUUCUUCGUUUUCUCUUCUUCUUUCUCCUGUCUUCUUCUUCUUCUUCUUCUUCUUCUUCUUCUUCUUCUUUUCUCUUCUUCUUCUUUUCUUUUCUCCUGCUUUCUCCUUUUCUUCUUUCUUCUUUUCUUAUCUUUUUCUUUUUCUUCUUCUUCUUUUCUCUUCUUUCUUCCUUCUUCUUUUUCCCUUUUCUUCUUCCUUCUUCUUUAAAAAUAUUUCUCUUCUUCUUCUUUAA